AUGACAACUGAUGGAGGUACAGAAAAAAAAUAUGUCUGUUGUCUUAUUUGUCAACUCGUUGAAAAAGGCAGGGGUUUCACAAACACUGGAAAUCAGUUGCCAAUUGCAACUUCGGGACGCUACUUGCUCUUUUAAAGCCCAAGGCAGCUAUAAAAUGCACACCAAACGUUCAGGAAAUUUCUUCAAAUCAUUUAAGCUCCUUUCCUGUGAAAAGAAUGAAUGAAGUGAGCUACCAUCCAGCAGGUUUCUACAAACGAAGACUCUAUUUUUUUGCGCCCGCCGUCGUAAUUGGUUGUUGUAGAGCAUUUCAUAACCGCCAUGGGAUGAACAAUAGCCCACUUCCAAAUGUUCCAAAAACCCUCACUUUCAAAAUGAGGCCAAGUGCACAACCUUUUUUUGAGAAAAAGAGUUUUAUCUGCAUGAGAAUGAGAAAUCAUUUACAUAUGAAAGGCGAAGCACUUAAACCUCGUUUUGAUACAGAGGCCCGGGGGAAUUGCCUAUUAUGCGCAAAGGUUACAAACAUAAUGGUGAAAAGAUGAAGAGCUGUCAUAAUGUCGUUUAAAUGCGAGGCAUUUCCUGUUGCGCAACACUCUCCGGUUUAAUCAUUAGAUCGUAUGUGUUGAAGUUUCCAAUAAGAGACCGUGUUACCUGUUUCGUACAGGCGGCCUACUCACCACCAACCUACACUAAGCUGUAGACUCCGACCUGCGGACUGUCCCUAGGCCUUGUAGUUUUAGUUAAAUAGUUUGUAUUAUAUACUGUUCGUCCACACCUUUAGGUCACCUUUCCUGAAUAGAUGUUUGAAAUGUUUAGGGAAUUUUAAUUUGGUUUCAAGUGAAACAUCACAUUUUGACAAUUUAACCCAAACAGUUAAUAUCGAUUCUUCGAUCUUCCUUUCUGUCCAGUAAUUCCGUGCGUUGCCAUGUGGAGUUCUCGGUUUCUUAAACUCCAAAAAUCUGCUCGCAGUAAAAUUACACUUAUGGCUUUUUAAAAUACUAUCUUAUACUACUACACGAGAAAUUUCUGCAAUUUGAUUGGCUUAGAGCAGUGGUAUUUCAGCUUAAUUUGAAAUACCUACAUAUGAAAAUUACAAACCUUUUGUGGGAAGUAGUAUAAACGAAUAAUAGCAUGAUUUGUACGUGAUAUUUGGCAUAAAUACCACUUGUGAUAUUUCAAAAUUGUCUCAAAUUACGUAUGACAAUUUCGAAAUAUCACUCGUGGUAUUUAUGCCAAAUAUCACUACAAAUCAUGCUAUUACCUAUACUAAUACAAUGGGAGGGAUAGGUGAAAUAAUCCAUGGCUUCGUUGAAAUUCCUUUUAAAUGUUCUAGGUUAAUUACGUUGAUGACUUCAGACUCGUCAAUUCUCAUAGCCAAAUAUCUAGAUUUAACUCAGCUCAUAAGUAAUAAAACUGCAAGGAUGCUUGCAUCUGGAAAUAAAAAAAAAAUCAUGUUGAUUUCAGGAGGCUGGCUUAAUGUUGCCACGUUAAAGAAAGCCGACUCUUCCUCUGCUUGGACCACUGAAAUUUCAUACCGCGGGAUCAGCAACUAUCAGAAUAACUUAAUGGGCAUUAGUACAAGUGCCAUGCGUCAACUGAGGUCGCACUUGAACUUCACUCAACUGAGAUUCCACUGUAGUAAAGAAAAUGGGCGCACCUUUCACGUCAUCACGGUCAAUAACAGCACUGGGGAAGCAGUUGUCCAGUAUUUCAGCGGUCAAUCAAGUGUCCUGCCUGCUUCAUGUGGCUCGUUCAUUACAAUGAAGGACGACAACUCGUAUUUAGCUCAACAGUGUCACCGAUGGGGAAACGAUGGAUCACAUUAUGUUGGAAAAUGGGGUCACUUCAACAAAAACGAAGAACAACGAAUGUACGACCGUUCAGCCUUUGUUGCCCACCGCUAUCACUGGGUUGCUUAUAACAAACUAUGGCUCUGUGAUGAGUCAGGAGGCAAUGUCUUUGCAAUUUCUUCAGAAGAUUUCUGGAAGAUCUAUGUUCGCUGA